GCUUCAAAUGUAUCAUUUCCUCAGCGUGUCAGUUUGUCCUCUCGUCUGCGUCCUGCAACCAAAGGGAGACUUGCAUUUUUGUGUCUCGGAACCACAAAGUUGACUUUAAACUCCACCAUGGUUGAGCAAUUUGUUGGAACUUGGAAACUGACUGCCAGUGAGAAUUUUGAUGAAUACAUGAAGGCUAUUGGUGUGGGAUUUGCCACCCGGCAGAUGGGCAACAUGGCCAAGCCCAACCUUGUGAUCAGCGUGGAUGAUGCAGGCCUCAUCACCCUGAGGUCCGAGAGCACUUUCAAGACCAAAGAAAUCAAAUUCAAGCUCAACGAGGAAUUCGAUGAGAACACGGCAGAUGACCGAAACACCAAGACCAUCUUCACUUUUGAGAAUGGCAAACUUGUGCAGAAGCAGACGUGGGAUGGCAAGUCUACUACAAUGGAACGAGAGAUCCAGGAAGGCAAACUGGAAGCUAAAUGUAUCAUGGGUGAUGUUGUUGCAUUGAGGACCUAUGAGAAGGAAGCUUAAGUCCAGCCUUGCAAUAAUGAAAUGUAUGUUGAACGACAAAGGACAUUUGGGGGAAAAAAAUGUAUACAAUAAAAUCUGAAGAAC